AUGUCGGCCCAUCUGCAGUGGACAGUCCUCUGGAACUGCUCCAUCUUCCUCAUCAUGCACAACAAGCAGACGUACAGCACUGACCCCAACAACCUCAAGGCCCGAAACUCCUUCCGCUACAACGGGCUGAUCCACCGGAAUACGGUGGGCAUCGAGCCGGCCGCUGACGGCAAGGGCAUCGUGAUGGUGCUGAAGCACAGGGCAGGUCAGAGGAAGCCUGCUACUUCCUAUGUGAGGACCACCAUCAACAAAAAUGCCCAGGCCACGCACAUCAUCCGCAAGAACAAAUACCGGAAAGAUCUCCACAUGGCCGCUUUGCGCCAGGCCAGUGCCAUCCUGCGGAGCCAGAAGUCAGUGGUGGUGAAGAAGAAGCAAACCGCCCACCCAAGAGCACUUAGGGGGCCAGACCUGCCUUUGGCUAAUAAAGUCAAACUGCUCCAAAAAAAAAAAACAAAAGAAGAGGUAGAGGGAGAGCACUGCACUCACCUAUUGCUACUGAUAGAGCUACCUGUGUUGAUAUACUCAAACUGCACUCCCAACACUGCCUGGAUUUUAGGGCUUAUUCUGGCUCUGGGAAACUUCUUGCUUUGUCUAACAUAG